GCUGGGGACUUGCCGUGCACCGCCACCUAUGUCCCAAUCCCACGCUUGACGCUAUGCAUCCUGUCCUCAAUGGCUUGCCAUGUCGGCAGGACAGCAGCAAGAUCCCCGAUCAAUUCCUUUGCGAAAAGCCUUUAACCCGAUUUACCAUAAAUAUCGUUCGAACCUGGAGACGGCACUUCAUCGUGCCAUACCGUCCGUGGAAGCUCACGAGACAAUACACAGGGCGUGGCAGCUACACCAACGUCAUCAACGCGAACAGCGGCACGCAGAGCUCACUGCUAUGCUAAAUAAAAUGCGCAAUGCUGUGGAGGAGCUGAAAAAGGUGGACGAGAAGUUAUUCUAUUGGGCCACAGUCCCAAGGGACCCACGCCGACUCAUCCAACCAGAGGCAGAGGCGCUGCGAGGGACAAAGGGAUCAGUCAGGAAAGCAUUGGAGGCACGUAUUGAGGGUCUCUUCCCUAGAGAACUCCGGACACCGACGGAAACCCCUUCUAUAAGAGGGUGGGAGGAGAACUGGAGGCCGCCCAAAUAGAGGGAUUUCCACGCGAUCACUCAAACAUUGUGUGGUAGCGAUACAUUGGAUAAUUAUGGGCAAUUACUAAAGUACGGCAAUGCUAGCUUUAAAACGAGUCCGAGCCAAUCCCGAUGGCCAUGGGUGAGGAAGGACGAGGGAAUUCAACGGGAAAAUAAGGCGCUUUGAAUGACUCAAGUUUGGCCCCAUAUAGACGGAUGUUACAGUCCGCUCCACCAGUACCAAUGAUCAU